CCCUUUCCCCUCCCCCGCCCCAAUCCCCCCUGCUCCCCCGCCCUGGGCCCUGGGGAAACCCCCGCCGAGAAGAGCCCGCCCCCAGAAGCGCGCCGCCGCCGGCCGUCGGGGCCGAGCCGCAGCCGAGCGGCCGUGGGCCCGGGCGGCGGGCGGAGACGCGGGCGCCCUCCCCGCUACGGCCCGCGUGAGACAGAGAGAGAGCACAAGCAGGGCGGGAGCGGCAGGCAGAGGGAGAAGCAGACUCCCCACUGAGCAAGGAGCCCGAUGCGAGGCUCCAUCCCAGGGCCCUGAGACCACAACCGGAGCUGAAGGCAGACGCCCAACAGACUGAGCCACCCAGGUGCCCCUGUAUUGAACAUUUCUUUUGAGCUGGAAUGUUUUUAUAAAGAGAUAUCCUCUCCAUCACCUGUUUGGUUACUGUGAGGUACAUCUUGCACAGGAAAGUCUUUUGCAGUUACAAAGAGUGCUUCAUGAAUAACCUUGUACAUAUGUCAUUUUCCGUAUUUGGAAUAAUAAACUAUUAAGGUUAGACUUGUUUCUUAUAUGAGAUGCCAUUCCAGCACUGGACUCAUGGAGGCUGAACAUUUAUUCAGGAGUCCGUAGAGGCUACUGUAUUAUUUUGAAGAAGAUGUCUAACAGUAACACUACUCAAGAGACCCUGGAAAUAAUGAAAGAAUCAGAAAAAAAACUGGUGGAAGAAUCUGUAAAUAAAAACAAGUUUAUAUCUAAGACUCCAAGUAAGGAAGAAACUGAGAAAGAGAGCGAAGAUACUGGUUUGCGUCAGGAGGCACAGAGGCGGACAUCCAGCCAUGGUCAUGCCAGGAAAAGAGCCAAGUCUAAUUCCAAGCUGAAGUUGGUGCGCAGCCUGGCAGUGUGUGAGGAGUCCUCUGCCCCAUUUGCUGAUGGGCCACUAGAAACCCAGGAUAUAAUUCAGUUGCACAUCAGUUGCCCCUCUGACAAGGAGGAAGAAAAAUCCACAAAGGAUGUCUCUGAAAAGGAAGACAAGGACAAAAACAAAGAAAAGGUCCCAAGGAAGAUGCUUUCUAGAGACUCCAGCCAAGAAUAUACAGACUCCACUGGAAUAGACCUACAUGAAUUUCUUGUAAAUACACUGAAAAAGAACCCAAGGGACAGAAUGAUGCUGCUAAAAUUAGAACAGGAGAUUCUGGAAUUUAUUAAUGACAACAAUAACCAGUUCAAAAAGUUCCCUCAGAUGACCUCAUAUCACCGGAUGCUAUUACACCGGGUAGCUGCCUAUUUUGGGAUGGACCACAAUGUUGAUCAAACUGGAAAAGCUGUCAUCAUCAACAAAACCAGUAACACGAGAAUCCCUGAACAGAGAUUCUCAGAACACAUAAAGGAUGAGAAGAAUACAGAAUUUCAACAGAGAUUCAUUCUCAAGAGAGAUGAUGCCAGUAUGGACCGAGAUGAUAACCAGAUCAGAGUUCCAUUGCAGGAUGGAAGGAGGAGCAAGUCAAUAGAAGAGAGAGAGGAGGAAUAUCAAAGGGUCCGAGAGAGAAUAUUUGCCCGAGAGACUGGCCAGAACGGAUAUCUAAAUGACAUCAGACUCUCCAAAGAAGCCUUUUCUUCUAGCUCUCACAAGAGAAGGCAGAUUUUUAGGGGGAACCGUGAGGGGCUGAGCCGAACCUCAAGCAGCCGCCAGAGCAGCACAGACAGCGAACUCAAAUCCCUGGAGCCACGGCCGUGGAGCAGCACAGACUCUGACGGCUCUGUCCGGAGCAUGCGGCCCCCUGUCACCAAAGCCAGCAGCUUCAGUGGCAUCUCUAUCCUCACCCGAGGGGACAGCAUCGGGAGCAGUAAAGGUGGCAGUGCAGGAAGGAUCUCCAGGCCAGGUAUGGCACUAGGUGCCCCAGAAGUGUGCAACCAGGUCACCUCAUCCCAGUCCGUCCGGGGCCUUCUCCCUUGUACUGGCCAGCAGCAGCCGCAGCAGCCGCAACUUCCUGCUCUCCCACCCACGCCUCAGCAACAGCCACCUUUGAAUAAUCACAUGAUCUCACAGCCAGUCCCGGCUCUGCAGCCCUCUCCGCAGCCUGUUCAGUUCUCUCCAGGCUCCUGUCCCCAAGUCCUUCUGCCAGUCUCUCCGCCCCAGCAGUACAACAUGGCAGAUGACCUCAGCAACCCCUUUGGACAAAUGAGCCUUAGCCGCCAAGGUUCUACUGAAGCAGCUGACCCAUCCUCAGCUCUGUUCCAGCCCCCACUUAUCUCCCAGCAUCCUCAGCAGACUAGCUUCAUCAUGGCUUCUACGGGACAGCCCCUCCCCACGUCCAACUAUUCCCCUUCUAGCCAUGCGCCACCUACUCAGCAAGUCCUGCCGCCCCAGGGCUAUAUGCAGCCCCCUCAACAGAUCCAGGUUUCUUACUAUGCCCCUGGACAGUAUCCUAACUCCAACCAGCAAUAUCGACCUCUCUCUCACCCGGUGGCCUACAGCCCCCAACGUGGUCAACAGCUGCCUCAGCCAUCCCAGCAGCCUGGUUUACAGCCCAUGAUGCCUAACCAGCAGCAGGCGGCUUACCAAGGCAUGAUUGGGGUCCAGCAGCCACAGAACCAGGGCCUGCUCAGCAACCAGAGGAGCAGCAUGGGGGGCCAGAUGCAAGGCCUGGUGGUUCAGUACACUCCACUGCCUUCUUACCAAGUCCCAGUGGGUAAUGACUCGCAAAAUGUGGUCCAGCCGCCUUUCCAGCAACCCAUGCUGGUCCCUGCGAGCCAAUCUGUGCAAGGGGGCCUCCCAGCAGGGGGCGUACCGGUGUACUACAGCGUGAUCCCACCGGCUCAGCAGAACGGUACGAGCCCUUCUGUGGGGUUUCUGCAACCUCCCGGCUCUGAGCAGUACCAGAUGCCUCAGUCUCCCUCUCCCUGCAGUCCACCACAGAUGCCACAGCAGUACUCAGGAGUGUCACCUUCUGGACCAGGUGUGGUGGUCAUGCAGCUGAAUGUCCCUAAUGGACCCCAGCCCCCCCAGAACCCAUCCAUGGUCCAGUGGAGUCACUGUAAAUAUUACAGCAUGGACCAGCGUGGGCAGAAACCUGGAGACCUAUACAAUCCUGACAGUAGCCCCCAGGCCAACACUCAGAUGAGCAGCAGCCCUGUCACGUCUCCUACCCAGUCUCCAGCACCCUCUCCUGUCACCAGCCUCAGCAGUGUCUGCACAGGACUCAGUCCCCUUCCUGUCCUCACACAGUUCCCCAGGCCUGGGGGUCCAGCACAGGGUGAUGGGCGCUACUCCCUCUUGGGCCAGCCAUUACAGUAUAAUCUGUCUAUCUGCCCUCCCUUGCUCCAUGGCCAGUCGACUUACACGGUACACCAGGGACAGAGUGGAUUGAAGCAUGGAAACCGGAGCAAGAGACAAGCACUCAAAUCUGCCUCCACUGACCUGGGGACAACAGAUGUUGUCCUGGGCCGGGUGCUGGAGGUGACAGAUCUCCCUGAGGGCAUCACUCGGACCGAGGCGGACAAACUCUUCACUCAGCUUGCCAUGUCUGGCGCCAAGAUCCAAUGGCUCAAAGAUGCUCAGGGGCUGCCUGGCGGGGGCGGGGGGGACAACAGUGGGACUGCUGAGAAUGGCCGCCACGCGGACCUCGCUGCCUUGUACACCAUCGUGGCUGUGUUUCCCAGCCCCCUGGCUGCCCAGAAUGCCUCUCUUCGCCUCAACAACUCUCUACAGCGGCUGAAGCAGUUAUUCAGGAAGGAGCCUCCGGGGACAAAGGAGAUGGAGCUUCCCCCAGAGCCCCAGGCCAAUGGGGAGGCAGUGGGAGCUGGGGGUGGGCCCAUCUACUACAUCUAUGAGGAAGAGGAGGAAGAAGAGGAGGAGGAGGAGGAACCACCCCCAGAACCUCCUAAGCUUGUCAAUGACAAGCCUCACAAAUUCAAAGAUCACUUCUUCAAGAAGCCCAAGUUCUGUGAUGUCUGUGCCCGGAUGAUUGUGCUCAACAACAAAUUUGGGCUCCGCUGUAAGAACUGCAAAACUAACAUCCAUGAACACUGUCAGUCCUAUGUGGAGAUGCAGAGAUGCUUCGGCAAGAUCCCCCCUGGUUUCCAUCGGGCCUAUAGCUCCCCACUCUACAGCAACCAGCAGUACGCUUGUGUCAAAGAUCUCUCUGCUGCCAAUCACAAUGAUCCUGUGUUUGAAACCCUGCGCACUGGGGUGAUCAUGGCAAACAAGGAACGGAAGAAGGGCCAGGCAGAUAAGAAAAAUCCUCUAGCAGCCAUGAUGGAAGAAGAGCCAGAGUCUGCCAGACCAGAGGAAGGCAAACCCCAGGAUGGAAACCCUGAAGGGAAUAAGAAGGCUGAAAAGAAGACACCUGAUGACAAACACAAGCAGCCUGGCUUCCAGCAGUCUCAUUACUUUGUGGCUCUGUAUCGGUUCAAAGCCCUGGAGAAGGACGAUCUGGAUUUCCCGCCUGGAGAGAAGAUCACAGUCAUUGAUGACUCCAAUGAGGAGUGGUGGCGGGGGAAAAUAGGGGAGAAGGUUGGAUUUUUCCCUCCAAACUUCAUCAUUCGGGUCCGGUCUGGAGAGCGUGUGCAUCGUGUGACCAGAUCCUUCGUGGGAAACCGUGAAAUAGGGCAGAUCACUCUCAAGAAGGACCAGAUCGUGGUCCAGAAAGGAGAUGAAGCCGGCGGCUACGUCAAGGUCUACACCGGCCGCAAGGUGGGGCUGUUCCCCACCGACUUCCUGGAGGAGAUUUAGGCGUGCAGGAGCCUGCUGACGGGAGAUACCCAUGCCCCAUUCUGGGCAGGCCCAGUGGAGGUUGGGGAGGAAAGGGGCGAAAGCAACUAUGCUGGAUGGGGGAGGGGUGGGAAAGCCCGGCGCAGCAUGGCGGGGCUUCCAGGAAGGGACUGGUUCCCGCCCCCCUCCCCCGGCCUCGGGCCUUGGAUACCCGCUAGGCAGAGCAGCCUCACCUGCAACUCCUCAGGCCCCUCCCGCGCGAGCUGGAAAAAGAACGCGUCCCCACUAGGAGGCGCCCCGGGGGUGUGGGAGGCGAACUGUCGAACGCUGCGAAUGUAUUAAAGUUUUGAAAAAAGUUAGAAAA